AUGUCCCUCAAUUCGCCAGUGAAAAAACCUCGAAAAACACUCAAAGAAUUCAUUGGAAAAUAUUUCCUUGAAGGUCAAAUUCUCGAGAUCGAGAAGGAGUUCGCGGAGAAACCGUCAUGGUGGGAUAGUUUCCACGAGAAACACCGAAAAUUCAUCGCUUUACUCAUUCCAUUCGUUUUUAUACAGUCAAUUUGGAUCUUGACGGCUUUUCGUUUUGACUUUUUUCGACUUUACCCAACGAGGUGGCAAAUCCCGUUGACGAUGAUCUUUGGGUCAUGUAUUUCUGGUAUGACCUCUGCCGGCGGUGGAGCAGUCGCUUUCCCAGUGAUGACACUUUUGUUGAAUAUUGAUGCAAACACAUCAAGAGAUUAUGCCCUAAUGCAGCAAUCAAUUGGAAUGAGUACAUCCAUGUUCGUCAUCGUUUACAUGCAAAUCGUCGUCGAGAAGCGAGCGAUUUUGUUGUGCGGACUUGGAUCAAUUCCCGGGAUUAUUGUCGGAUUGACUUGGCUAGAUGAGCUCUUCAACGAAUUGGCUAAAAAGACAUUUUUCAUUGCAGUUGGCGCCUCGUUCGCAAUUUCUUUGUACAUGUUGAAUUCGGAAAAGAAAAGGAUUCAUUACCAAACGAUUCCCGAGUUCAACACGUGGAAAGCGCUUGUUUUGCUGAUUACAGGCUAUGUUGGAGGCAUUUGCACAGCAUUGACGGGAACCGGUCUCGAUAUUGUCGUCUUUGCGAUACUCACUCUUUUGUUCCGAGUCAGCGAAAAGACCGCCACUCCAACGACCGUCGUUUUGCAAGCGAUCAACUCAAUUAUGGGUUUUUACUGGCGAGCCAUCUUCGAAGGUCACAUUCCACAACUUGCUUGGGAAUAUCUGGCAGUAACGACCCCAGUUUCGGCCACAAUGGCUCCAUUGGGAUCUUUUCUUGGAUCUCACUUUCAUCGUUUGGUGCUUGCUUUUAUGAUUUACGCAUUAGAAUACCUAUCGGUGUUGGGCUUUUUGGCUACUCAACCCCCGUGGGAAGCGAUGGCCAUUGGGGCGGCGAUUGUCGUGUGCGGUUUCAUUUUCUUCGUGAUCAUCAUGCGAAUCGGGAAACGAAUCCAAAAAGGCGUCGAAAAGGCGAGACAUCCAAUUGUGGCCAUUCGACAGAUUCGACACUUGGAAAUGCCA